CUUUCGGUGACAGCUACUCCAAAAUCACCGAAUACGCAACAAGUGCUGAUGGUAGUGUACGCGCACGUACGCAGAGCCAAUAUGAAGUUUGGCAAAAUUCUUACUUAUUUAACCCUUUUUGCGGUUGCAUGCCUUGCAAAACCAGAUUUGAACUCUCGUGCUGAUGACAAUGGGAUUAUCAAUAUUGCUGGUAGACUUUUCCAGCGAAUUGUCACUGGUAAACAAGACCAUACUACAGUUGCACUCUUUUCAGUGGAUGCUGGAACCAUGAACUGUGAAAUUUGUCGCCUUAUUGAGCCCGAAUUUAAAGCUUUAGCUUAUUCUUACAAAUUACAACACGGCCUUGACAGCGGUAUCCGGUUUGUAUAUGCCGAUUUUGGUAAAAAUAGGAAUUUGUUUGAACAGUUCGCUAUCGAAAGCGUUCCCAAUUUUUGGAUUUUUAAGCCCAAUACUAUAGUUCCUAUUUCAGGGGAUUUGAGCAGUGGUGUUUCUGCUGAAAAGUUGGCUGCCUUGGUCGAGAGAGAAACUGGCAAAGGCGCCCCGAUAGUUUAUCGUCAAGAUCCUGCUAAAAAAUAUGCUACUCUGGCUUCAUCUAUUCUAUGCGGUGCUGCUCUUUUCUUUACUAGAAAAACGCUUUUGAAAAUAUUCACCAGCAGAAAAGUGUGGGCUGCUCUUAGCAUUAUCUCUGUUAUUACGUUGAGCAGUGGAUUCAUGUUCACUCGCAUCCGGUUUACUCCUUACAGUCAACGUGGAGCAAAUGGUGAAAACCUUUGGUUAGCCGGAUCCCAACAAUAUCAGUUCGGCGCAGAAGUUCAGGUUGUAUCAUUGAUCUACACUGCUUUAACUAUAAGCACCAUCUUUCUUGCCGUGAUAGCACCAAAAGUCGAGGGUGCAAAACGCCAAACCCUUUUUGUCUUUUUCUGGCUAAUUGUAUUAUGGCUUGGCUACAGUUUCCUUGUUGACGUUUUCCAAAGAAAGUUGCAGAUGUAUCCUUUCAAACUUUUACUUUAAACGUUCAUUAUCGAUUUGAGAUGAAGGAGAUGAAAAAAGAUUAAUCUCAUGAUUUAUUCUUAACGUACAUUCAUUAAUCAAGACUUAUUUCUAAAAAAUCAUUUACACUUAUAAUCGUUAAACCUAAGAAUCACUGC